GUCGAAAAAGAGCUUGCCGAUCGAGCUAAAUCUGGUGACCUACAGUCAGUUGCAGCUCCAGAAAAGAAGAGAGGACGUUGGGAUGAGACUCCAUCGCACGAGGUGCUUGGUGCUGGAUCAGCAACUCCUGGUGGUGCCACUCCAGGUGGGGCACCACGUAAGCGUCUAGGGAUUUCCAGUAUCAGCGCAGAUGCGGCAACACCGCAUGUGGCGAGAUGGGAAGAAACUCCAGCUCAUGCAAAUGCCACCGAUGCUACACCAUCUGUUAAUAGGUUUGAUUCAACGCCAUCAACGCAAACUCCACGAAGAAAUCGAUGGGAUGAAACACCGCGCGAGAGCGUACGUGAUACGGGAUCGAUGACUCCUGGAUGGGGAAUGGAAACUCCCGCUCGUGCCACAGAUGAUGUCAAGGUCGAAGACACUCCCUCAGCUUCAAAGCGCCGUUCAAGAUGGGAUUUAACGCCUUCGCAGACCCCGGCAGCGGGGUCGGCUACACCGCAGCCCGGUUCAGUAACGCCCUCGUUCACACCAAGCCAUGGAAGCACACCGGCUGGUGGGCUGACGCCAGGAGGAGCCACACCAUUGGGAACACCUGCAAUGGGAAUGAAAACUCCCAUGGCACCAGUAGCCAUGACCCCAGAGCAGAUGAAGAACUUCUUAUGGGAGAAAGAAUUGGAUGAUAGAAAUCGUGCCCUCAGUGAUGAAGAGCUGGACGCACUGUUUCCUCCGGGUUACAAGAUCUUGCCACCUCCAGCUGGCUAUAUGCCUCUGAGAACUCCUACGCGUAAACUUAUGGCUACCCCCACACCGCUAGGAGGCAUUGCUGCUGGUGGAUUUUUUAUGCAGGGAACCCCAGAGAGAGAUGGGCUUGGAGAUAAAGGCGUAGGUGGUAUCCUCGAUACACAGCCGAAAAAUCAGGAUCUUCCUCCGCUAAAACCGGAUGAUAUGCAAUAUUUCGACAAGCUGCUCAUGGAUGUUGACGAGAGUACUCUAUCGAAAGAGGAGCUGAAUGAACGUGAAAUCAUGACGCAUCUGCUGAAAAUCAAGAACGGUCUGCCACCGCAGAGAAAAAGUGGAUUGAGAAAGAUAACAGAAAAUGCUCGGAAAUACGGUGCAGGACCACUUUUCAACCAAAUUCUUCCGCUGUUGAUGUCACCUUCACUAGAAGAUCAGGAACGCCAUCUCAUGGUUAAGGUGAGGGAACACGUAUUUGCAUUUUCAUAUGAUAAAAAUAAACUCAACUAUAAGGUAAAUCAAAGAAUCCGGUAACA